CCGACCACCUCUCCGAUGGACUCCCACCUCCUCGCGCGCCCGCGAGCCCUAGCUCUCGCCCUGCCCCCCGCCUUCAGGGCCCCCGCUCCCCCCCGCUCCAGGCGACCCUCGCCGCCGCGGCCGCGCCUCGUGCUCCUCCGACCGGUGGCCGCGCUCGGCGGCGGCGGCGGCGGAGGAGGGUUCGCGGACGUCGGGGAGCUGUUCGGCCGCGUCGAGGCGUUCCUCUACACCGUCGCGGAUGCCGCCGUCUCGGCGUCCCCGGAGGUGGUGCAGGGCGGGGGCGGGGCCAAGGAGGCCACCGGGGACUGGCUCUCCGGCAUCACCAACUCCAUGGAGACCGUGCUCAAGGUUUUGAAAGAUGGUCUAUCAGCUCUCCAUGUUCCUUAUCCAUAUGGCUUUGCAAUCAUCCUUCUAACAGUUCUUGUUAAGGCGGCUACGUUUCCUCUUACAAAGAAGCAGGUUGAAUCUGCAAUUGCAAUGAGGUCAUUGCAACCUCAAGUUAAGGCUAUUCAAGAACGAUAUGCUGGCGAUCAGGAAAGGAUACAGCUGGAAACUGCUCGUUUAUAUAAGUUGUCAGGUGUUGACCCACUCGCAGGAUGCUUGCCUACUCUUGUAACAAUACCAGUUUGGGUUGGUCUAUACAGAGCUCUCUCCAAUGUGGCUAAUGAGGGACUUCUUACUGAAGGCUUUUUCUGGAUACCUUCUUUGGCUGGUCCUACAACAAUUACUGCACGGCAAAGUGGCCAGGGAAUAUCAUGGCUAUUUCCCUUUACGGAUGGUCAUCCACCACUUGGUUGGUCGGACACUCUGGCAUACCUUGUUCUACCAGUUCUUCUUGUCAUUUCCCAAUAUGUAUCUUCUCAAGUAAUGCAGCCACCACAGAACAAUGAUCCUAACCAACAAGGUGCUCAGGCUGUAGUGAAGUUCCUACCUUUGCUAAUAGGUUAUUUUGCUCUUUCUGUUCCCUCUGGACUAAGUCUAUAUUGGCUUACAAACAAUAUCCUUAGCACUGCACAACAAGUAUGGCUUCAAAAGCUUGGAGGUGCCAAAAAUCCUGUCAAAGAAUAUAUUGAUAAGCUCGCUAAAGAAGAAUCAGCAAAUCUUGGAAAGUAUGAACCUGCUAUUAAAAGUGAUUCUCCCCCUAAAGUUCAGAAACCUCAGGCCAGUCAAGAGCCAAAACCAAGUGGACCACAACGUGGUGAAAGGUUUAGAAAACUAAAGGAAGAAGAGUCAAGGAGAAAAAUGCUUUUGGAAAAAGCAGAGCAAACAGAACAGGCAGGCACUCAAUCUGGCAUCAUUGAUGGAAAACAGAAUUCAGAUGUAUCUUCUGGAAACAGCAUAGAUGAACAGGAAUCUCAUGAAAAUGAACCAGUUAUAGCUAACGGCAAUGGUGGACUUAGUCAUAGUGCGACUGAAAGGAUACAGUAUGGAAACACGAAAGAGGAUAUGAUUCAGGAAUCAACUGACAGUAAUUCUUCAGUCAUCAACCCUACAUCACAUGAUGCUCAUAAAUCAAGAGACGAAGAGAAUGAACAAGAUGCAGUGUAGGAGAGAAUGGACACAAAUGCAGUGUAGAGAAUGGACAAAUGGACAAGAUGCAAUGUAGUUAAUGGAAACUGGUGGGUCUAAUCUCAUCUGCUGCUAUAAUGUGCCUAUGGAGGAUCAUCAAAUUCUUGCCUGUUGCUCCUUCAGUGUGUUCACCUAGGAUAGGCAAUUGACCGUACGGGAUACUUGCAAGCUUCGGAUAUACAGGCAUACGACUACAGAAGAGUUGAUUCACAUGAAGAUAGUAGGCGGCAUAAAUCUUCUUUCUUUUUUGAAACAAUGCCCUAGCAUUGUGCUUUUUCUGCCUUUAGGACUGAAGAAGUAGAAGAGAGUAGCUUGUAGAUUGCCCUCGAGGAAAUAAUAAUGAUUUUUUUCACCCCCUUGAUGCAGAUGUAAGGUGGCUGUAAAUGUAUAUCUUCCUCGCCUGAUUUUGACCACAUGAUGACCCAGCAUUUAGCUAGCAGUUUAUCAAAGCUACUAUUAAUCACGAAA